AUUUGUUCUUAUUUAAUUUUGGGACAAAAAACAUCAAGAAAUGCGCUUCUAUGUUGUUUAACUAUUGUUGCGGGUUUUUUCCUGGGUGUUGAUCAGGAAGAUGUUGCUGGUUUGUACUUUGUCUGUUAUUGGUGUAAUUUUUGGAGUUCUGGCUUCUCUAUGUGUUGCUUUAAAUGCAAUUUUUACAAAGAAAACUCUUCCCAUGGUUGGAGAUUCAAUAUGGAGAAUGACUAUGUAUAAUAAUUUAAAUGCUGUUUUAUUGUUUUUGCCUUUAAUGCUUUUUACUGGAGAAUUGGGAACAAUCCCUUAUUCGCCAAAUAUAGUUGCCCCGACAUUUUGGUUGUUAAUGACUUUAAGUGGAUUUUUUGGAUUUAUUAUGGGAUAUGUUACAGGUUGGCAAAUCCAAGCAACUUCAGCCUUAACACACAAUAUUAGCGGAACAGCUAAAGCAGCAGCACAAACAGUUAUAGCUGUUGGAUGGUGGAGAGAAGUUAAACCAAUUUUAUGGUGGUUAUCUAAUUUGGUUGUUUUGAUUGGUUCUGCUGCUUAUACUUGGGUACAGAAACGGGAUAUGGACAAACGUUUUCACGAAAAUCAAGGACAAGAAACUGAAAAAGCAGAAGAAAUAAGAAAAAUAAAAAAUUCAGAUGAAAAUGGAAUUCGUUUAAAUGGAAUACAUUCUGCAGAACAAGGAUUGAUUAAAGGAAAAGGUAUUAAUGAAGAAAGUAUUUGA